CCUUUUGCUUCGGCACGUUGAAAUUGGAGCAAAAGUCCUCACUUCCGACCAAAAUGGCACACUGAUCGGUUGAGGGUAGUGUGAGUGACGUGCGCCCCCGAGAAAAAAGAAAUCACCCGCAAGCGAAAACCAGUGACAUCCGCCCUCCGAGUACGGGGAAAAGGUGCCGAUUUGUCCACCAGUGAAACCCGUGCGUGGCCGUGGGGAUAGAAGCCAAUAAAUCGCCGAGAAAUAGGACCAGUUUUGCAGGGCAGUUUUCCUAUGGCAAACGGAGUUGAUUUAACGAUGAACGGGAAUUAAUGUAGAUCGAUUACAAAAUUGUACAAAAUCACUGAAAAGUCUUCCAUACACCGGUGUUAGCCUGUGUAAAUUCCCAAUAAAAAGCAGUGUAUUUGUGCAGUGAGUAGUGUGUUCACAGUGACCGACAAGGUUCAUCGUUAAGUUAGCUCCCUGCUAUAGAGUCCUAGCGAACUGCACCGAAGAUGUCAUUCCUUAACAAUUUACGCUCGGUGCCGCUACCACCGGUGAAAAAUAUGCUCAACGUGGCCCUGCAAACGGCACGCCAAACGAUUCCGGCCAAGCAGAAACAGAACGGCUACGAGGAGCAGGCCGGUGACAACUUCGGCGAUGCUGCUGGCGGCGCUGGUGGUAUGCGAUCGCCACCGCAAGUCCCCCCAAGACCACAGAACGUUCAUUUCGCAGAAACGGAUGCCGCGGGUGACACUGGUGGAACGACGGAGAUGAACCCACUGAAUCCGUUCACAAAUCCGAAGGCCUACUAUCAGGAGGACGGAACGGACCAGCCCGGUACGAACCAGUACCAGGAGACGGGAUUCAAUCAGGGUGAUUUCGAAAAUGGUUACCAAGCGGGCGGCUACCCACCAAGACAGGGCAGUGUGCAGUCAUUUGGUUCGGACAGUACCUUUGCCGGAGGUUGCGAGGGAGAAGCUCCCGGUGGGGCAAAGAUCAAUGAGUAUCAGGCGGCCUGGAACGUGACCAACGCAAUUCAGGGAAUGUUCAUCGUGUCGCUACCGUUCGCCGUAUUGCGCGGCGGCUACUGGGCAAUCAUCGCCAUGGUCGGCAUCGCGCACAUUUGCUGCUACACCGGCAAGAUACUCGUCAUGUGUCUGUACGAGCCGGAUCCGCAGACGGGCGAACCGGUACGGGUGCGGGACAGCUACGUAUCGAUCGCGAAGGUGUGCUUCGGCAAGAAGAUUGGCGCACGGGUCGUCAGCAUAGCGCAGAUCAUCGAGCUGCUGAUGACCUGCAUCCUGUACGUGGUGGUGUGCGGCGAUCUGAUGGCGGGUUCGUUCCCGGACGGAGCACUCGACACCCGCUCCUGGAUGAUGCUGUGCGGUAUCUUUCUGCUGCCGCUCGCGUUCCUGAAGUCGCUGCACCACGUGUCGCUGCUGUCGUUCUGGUGCACCAUGGCUCAUCUGCUGAUCAACGCGAUCAUCGUCGGCUACUGCCUGCUGGAGAUCGGCGACUGGGGCUGGAGUAAGGUCAAGUGGCGAAUGGACUUUGAGAACUUUCCAAUCUCACUUGGUGUUAUUGUCUUCUCCUACACGUCGCAAAUCUUCCUGCCCACGCUCGAGGGCAACAUGGAGGAUCGGUCCAAGUUCAACUGGAUGCUCGACUGGUCGCACAUUGCGGCGGCCGCGUUCAAGGCACUGUUCGGGUACAUCUGCUUCCUGACGUUCCAGAACGAUACGCAGCAGGUGAUCACGAACAAUCUGCACUCGCCCGGGUUCAAGGGUCUGGUGAACUUCUGUCUGGUGAUUAAGGCCAUCCUCAGCUACCCGCUGCCGUACUUUGCCGCCUGCGAGCUGCUCGAGCGGGCAUUCUUCCGCGGCAAGCCGAAAACGAUGUUCCCCGUCGUUUGGGAGCUGGACGGGGAGCUGAAGGUAUGGGGUCUGGCCUGGCGUUUGACCGUCAUUCUCGGCACCAUCAUGAUGGCCAUCUUCAUUCCCCACUUUUCGAUUCUGAUGGGCUUCAUCGGCAGCUUCACUGGCACGAUGUUAAGCUUCAUCUGGCCCUGCUACUUCCAUCUCAAGCUGAAGGGACAUCUGCUAGAUCAGAAGCAGCGGGCUUACAACUAUUUCAUCAUCUUUCUCGGUGUGCUGUUCUGUGUGGUCGGUAUCUACGACUCGGGCACGGCGCUGAUUCAUGCCUUCGAGAUCGGUUUGCCGUUCUAAGCGCACUGUUUUCCCGGGGGUAUGAGAAAUUUCCCUCCUGGCGAACAGGCUUUGUACAGAGUACAGAUACCCAUUACGCGACCCAUUCCACACUGAAAUUCAUCUGCCAUUUAUCUCUCGCUCGACAAACACACAAAAAAACGUUGUUAAACUGUUGCAACUCUUGUUUUAUGUUUUCGUUCACGAUUGUACACUUUGUCGUGAGGGCCGUGGCAGAUUCAUUCGAGUGUGUUAAGUGCGCAAAAGUGCAACGCUAUCCCAUGACUUGCGACGAAGGGCGAUGGGCGAUAUGUGGAAAAAAAACAUUCAAAAUUUCAGUACAUCAGCAAUAUUGGAGCAGCCUUGGCAAGAGGAAACAGCCGGGCCAAAAGGGAACUUGAACCGAUACCUCCUCAAACGACAAGCAAAACAACUAAAAUAUCAAAUUAUCACACGAUGGAGCAUAACAUUUCGAACAUAUCGGAGAUGGGCCAGAAUUGUCCAAAGUAUUGAAGUCUUCCAAGAUCCUGCGAUACGGAAAUUGAUGGUAUGGGGAAUUGUUGAAAGAUAGAAGCCAAAAAGCACGAUUUGAUUGCAAACACAACAUGGAGCGAAAGAAGCUGAAUCGUUAAUCAAUGUCUUCCUUAAACGUAAACGAUAGAAGCGAUAGCGAACUGGAUGGAGAUCUGCAAACUGGAACUAAUAGCAAAACCAGUAGUUUGUUGAUACUAAGAAUAGGCAAAAAUAUACACAAUAUUAAAAAUCCACCGGUGGGCGCGAGGGAUAUGGGAAUACCAUGCAGAAUAUUGCAGCAGUUAAAAAGAACAAGUCGAAACAAGUCUUCCAGACAAUAUACACGCACAUUAUAUAUAUACAAAACGCAAGAACGCGAGUCACAAAAUUGAACACAAAUAUUAUAUAGAAGAAACAGAACAAACCAAAACUCAACAUAUUUAAGCUAGUGAGCAUAAGAUAUAACGUAUCUGCUAGGACUAUUAACGAUGAAACAAUCUAAGUUAGAAGAGCCUGCAUAAUGGAAGGAUGUACCGGUAAUAGCUCAACAAAAAAUCAGUUCAAUAGUCCUGUUAAGUUCGACGACAUUAGCAUAGACAACUGCACAAAAGUUCGGUGCAAUGUGAAGUAGCGAGUGGUUAAGGAACAGCAUAGCAAAACGGAAACAUGGCUCGCGGGACAAGCAAACCCCUACUUCUAGUAGUGUGUAUUUCAAUCGAAUCAAUUAUAUAGUGCUAACGACAAUAAGCCAACAAAGAGAGGCACUCGGGAGCGAAGAUGGUGUAUUGAAUUAUCUUCCACAAUAUUGUGCAUCCACGUGCAGUCAAAGUGCUACUAUACAAAAUUAUCGUUACGAACGUGUUUACGAUUCAAAAUUCAAACCAGUGAGGGACAACAUUAUUAAAGAUUAACUGAACGAUCACGUUAAUCCGAGGGUAGGGUACAGCUUUAUGUUGAACUUAUACAAUUAACGGCCGGCAACAAGCAUGAUAUACUCUCCUAUACAGCACGCAAAAGCUAUACCACAAACCAAGUCUUCCAACCAGUAUAUAUAUUAGCAAUUGUGGGGUAAUUUUAAUGUACUUUAAUCUAUUAACGUCCUAAGUGGUCCCUACAAAACAAAACAAAAACCGCAAAAAACCAAGUCUUCCAGUUGGUGAGAUCGGACAAAUGGAUGAUAUUGCUAUACAAGAAUAUGUUCGAGCCUAAUUUGUAAAGUAUGAUUGUGUUGCAGCGGUAGGGAAAUGUUUAAUUUGCUGCCUGUCCUCAGCAAGAUGUAUCAUUACGCAAGUACAAUAAUCGUUACAGAAGGACGGGAUCAGUCCACUGGGGCAGUGAUUUUAUUCCAUAUCUGGUAGGUUAAUGCAAAACAGGUACACGAUGCAGUUGGUGGCAGUUAUGGCAGUAGAUGGUGUGGAUAUUUAGUUGUGUUUUUCGGCUUUGUUCCAAGUAUUGAAUGUUCCCUCUAUACAAUAAUCUCUAUUGUACUUAUUGCAAUUAAUGUAUUUAAGAGCAACAUUAUAGGUGUCCGAAUAAAACUAACAGUUAUUUAACUUUAAAUUCAACCAUAUACGCAGUGCGGUGUGUGUGCUACUUACCUUUUUUUCGUAUUUUUAGAUGAAUCGAUGAAUCACAUGACUUGUUUUGAUGCAGCGACACCGUAUAUGAACGGCAUGAACUUACUGAAAUGAGAACUAUGGCCUGAAGUGCUCCGGAUCUCGUUCUGCAGACUCCAGCCCGUUACCGGGAGCCGUGGGAAAUGUGAAUGAAUAGCAUUUCCACAAAGAAUAUUGGCAUGGUAGCCACUGUAAACCACCAUCCUGCUUACCAUAUCCGGUUGGGCUUUCCAAGGAGCCAAGCAGUGUGUGUUGUUUACCAAUUUUACCUUUACUGCUCUUUUAAGCUAUUUAACAUGAAAGGAGCGAAAUUAUCAAAAUGUUUUACAGAGAAAAGCGAAUCAAAAAGCACAAGGAAUAUCACAUAACUAACUUCUCGUUGAAUUUGAGUCAUCGCAUGGCUUUUGCACGAUACUGUUUGACGUUUCUUGUCUGUAGUACAUGUUCAAUGAGCGCCAGCGUACAUUGCGCAUUUGUGAUAGAAGAUAAAAAGGUAUGUUUAAAACGCACUAAUCGGCUUCACGUGGUUAUCUUUUUUCUCGAUAUGAAUUUAAAGUUAAAUCCAAAGUCAAAAAUGUUCAACGAACAUAAUUGAAUCGAUAACGUAAAGUUGUGUGAUGAAGAGCCACCGCGUAUUGAACAAAUUCGGAAGAAAAGCCCUGCAAAAUGAGUUUGACGUUUGGUAUGACGUAACGAAACGUAAACAAAACGGUACAUCAGCGACGAUGCAGUGAAGUGGUCUAGUUUUAUUUUCGCUCCAUAAAAUAGAAGCCCUUUUCGCGUAUUAUUCGCUUGCAAACUCUAGAACAGUGUAGCUCAGUACCGGUGUGACUUAUGUAACUAAACACGCAGCGUAUAAAGAAUCCACCCGAAAGCUGUCAAAAAGGCGCUGGUGCACGAUAAACAAAAAAUCGAAUACAAGAGAGAGCAAAAAAAAACGCACACACACAAUCUGCUCUGCGUCUCUGUGUGCGUGCGAGCCGUGUGUCGGGUGCGUGUAGAGCAGGGAGAACCUUCCCAACAGCAAUUGAAGGUUUGUUCGCCAACGCGCUCUGCCGUGGCCGUGUUUUGUUUGUGGUGCGCUUCAAAAUCAACAAAUUUAAGGCCGUCUAGUAACAGGUGCAGUGGUUUUUCUCGCUGCUAGGCAGUGUGCUAAGUGCGUGCGGGAAGGUAGCGAAAGAGGAAAAAACCGGGAGCUUCCGAUUUCACUUGGCCAAGCCCGACGGUGUGUGGUACGGGGUGCUUUGGUUCAUUUUCCGGCCAGUCCCGGGCCAGAGUGCGGUGUGGUGGAGUGCGUUGUGCAAGGUGUAGCCAGUAGCGCUAUACCUGGAGAAAGUGUCUCUUGUACCCGCCCGUGUGUCUGUGUGUGCUCAUUCGUCCGAGGUUUAGUAGUAGCAAAAGAUAACAAGAUAAAAAGUUCCGUUCCGAAAUCGUACGGUACCACCCCGACGGCCGCCCGUCGAUAGCGGGCCGCUCGAGCCCGCGUGUGUGUGGUUUUGCUUCGCUAGAUUCGUACGGGCGAAGGGAAACGUUGAUUUAAUGCGCAGUGCCGCGACCGGGUGCCGAAUUCCUCCACCAAUUUGCACCUCAAACAGUUUGUCAAACACAAGGAGGUUCGAGUAGCCCGAUAAAGUUUCCGUGGAGCAGCAGCAGCAGCAGCAGCAGCAGUCAGUGGUCGUCUAGCAACGUCGCAGCGAGAGUCGCCAGGAGAUAAUCGUUUCGACGACAACUCUACUGACAACAGUCUCAAAGGAACGUUACGGUAAGUGGCAAAAGCUUUAGCAUUCCUAUACAAAAGAUUUAAACCAUGGCAUUUUGUUAACAGUAACCACAACCUUUAAAGAUAUUUCAGCUCGAAGUUUCUUUAAAAUCUUUCCCUUUCAAUACAGCGAUUUUUUGAAGCUUUAUUUCAGCACAAAAUCCAACAGCAAAUGGCAAACAACUCUGGCCCGUAAAUGAAGAAUUUAAUAAUCCUUCCCGUUCCACAGUGCUGCGCCUUAUAACACACAAUGGUAUUAGCUCUAGCCGCGUGUCCUGCACUGUGAAAUCCCGAUUCCGGCUUUAUUAAGUUUACCUACGGGCAAGAGAUGCACAUUUGGCGAACAAACGCCGCGCCCCGGCAUCUCUGCAGCGGGACGAAUGCGUCCACACGAAGGGGGGAAGUUCAUAGAAUCCAUUUAUUUAUUAAACCCUAUGCUGCUGCCUCACCAGUGUCGCCUUUUUAUUGCAUUUUGUUUGCGUAAAUGCCAAGGCUGUCCCGCCAAAGCGAGGGGAACUACGGAAGCAGGACGUCGCACAAGACUUUCCUCCCUUUUUGCCAGGGGCGCGGAAGCGUCAUGUGUGCAAUAUGCUUACCGAGUCUUUCAUCCCGUCGUCUUAUUGGCAAGCAAGCGGCAAGAGGUCGAUCGAUCGAAUGCAUUGAAUUGCAUAAAGUCAGGCAAACAUAGGGAGGGAGACAGAGAGAGAGAGAGAAAGAGAGAGAGCAUGGCGCAAACGAGGGUGGACAGUGUGAGUGUGCGACAAAACACUUCCCUUCGUGCUUUCGAUACGGGUGGUGUGCGUUCGGGGUGUGUCGGAUGAGGCGAUUUUCAGUGGGAUUGCAUUAACGUAUUGUGCGUUUUCGAGGAGGUUUGACUGUGUUGAUUUGCGAAAAUGACUCGCCCUAGUCUCGGUCCCUAGACGAUUAAUGAGGUUCGAACGUUGUUGGGGUGGCUUUAAAUAGAUUGAAAUGAAUGUAAUCCAGUUAGCGCGGUUAUGUUUUGCUAUCGUGUGAUUCCAUAUGGAAUGAGAUAAAAUACUGGAAUGAUGAUGUUUACUGUCGAACAAGAUCAUUAAAUUUCCCAGUCAUGAUAUGAUGCAAUUGCUGAUGCAACGUAGACAAUAGAAAAAUAUUUUGAAAUUAUUAUGUUAAGCUUGUUUUAUCAAUAUUGCUCACCUUAUUAGUGGCAAUUGCCAAUCCAAUGCUCACGAUACACACUGCACAGAGAGGCGUUAUUAGUCAGCAUCUUUUUGGAUGCAAUUUAUUUUAUGGUACCCUCUCUCGUCCCUCCGAUACACACACACACCACAGCUACGUCACUUUCGAGACGCUUGACACCCGGCCGCUGUUGACCUCCGAAUAAUGCAUCUAACAAGCUCCGGUGUUGCAGAGUGCAGCCAAUGACUCAUCGUCACCACUCGCCCGUCAAUCUGUGCGGUGUGCCGAGCUACUCUCGCCAUCUUCCCUCCUCUUUCACACCAGCAACCUGCGUCGUCAUCUCUGACGUUUCGGGCGGCGGUGGCAAAAUUGCUUUCCGGCACUGCAUCUCUGAUGCACUCUGGCUAAUCUAUAGUGUAAGAGGGUGUUUGAAGCUAGUGGCUCUAGUGAUGACGAUCUCUUCUACCCAUCUAAACUCCUCAGCCAUUAGAGUGUGUUGUGCAUUGACCUAGCACACCACCUCGUGUGAAUGUGUGUGUGUGUGUCUGAGUGGACUAUUUUUACUCUUUUUCGUUUUCCCCAGCAACUCCCUCUGAUGGCCCCUCAGUUUGGUCAACACAAGAAGGGUGGCAGACACGAUGCGGGAGAGCUGACGAGCUGUGUUACGGUUUGUUUUUCCUGUUUUGACAGAUCCGUCCUAACCCGUCCUCCGCUGGGAGUGUGUGUGCGUGCGUUUCUGUGUGCAUUUCUCUUGAUCUGGCUGGUGGAUGGACUUGUUUUUUUGCUUCUUCUGUCCUCUCCUUCCACGUUCGCUCACAGUUGCACACAAAGAUUGCAGUACACACGGGCAUACAGUGGCAACGGGUGCUCUGCAGUGCAGAAAGGUAAAACUGCAGCAACUGUGUCCAAGGUGUGCGCUUGACUGAUGGUGCAGAAAAGAGUUCUAGUCUCUAGCCAUUUGUAUCUCGUGCUGUCCUUUCGUACAAUAACCUCUUCCCGUACGUUGGGAAUCUAAUUUAUUGUGAUUUACUUCCGACAAUUAAGCACGGGUUUUUUUUGUGUUGUGUGUUGUUUUAGUUUGAAUCUUUGUCCACCGCAGCAAAGGUGCACUUGCAUUGACCGUGAAGGGAGGAUGUAAUUAUAGCUUGGAAUGGCUUUGGAAUGGAAUUCUAGCAGGUCUGUUGACUCUCUUUGUGUAGGGUCCUUCGGAGAUAUUUUCUAUAUUUUCCAAACGUGUCUUAUACCUCUGACGUAAAUAAUGAAUAUGAAUUUAUUGUAAUUUUUAACAAGAAUUUAAUCCAACUCCAUUUAAUUCAAUCAUCUUGAAUUUCUCGUCGAAUGAAUUCAGGUUGAGGUUUGAAUCAUAUCACUAUUUAAACCCAUCAACCGUUACAUGGUCUUAUAGAGCCGUGGUAAACUGCGUGUCCUCACACAUCAGAGGUCCUCCGAUCGAAUCCCGAACAAAGAUGUGAAGAUCAAUCUCGGGGAAGUUUUAGACGGCGCUUUCUGUGGAAAUAUGACAUAUUAAACAUGAUCCUUUAAAUUUGAGAUAUUCAAAGAGAAGUUCCAGUGCACUAUUACGUUCGAAAAAACUUGUUUGGCCAAAAAAUGUGUUCUGAUGUUUACUGUGUCUCCAAAUUCUUGUCUGCAAAGAUUGCAACGAUCAUAACACACCAGAAAGCAGCACUCACAAGAGAGAAUGAGAGCGGGUGCACACUUGGUGGAAAACACCGGCCGCCGCCGCCGGUUUUAUGCGACGGCUGGGGUGUUCAUCCGGACCAAAAACGCUGCAGCCAUAACAAACACGCAAAGGAACUCACCACACGCAGCCAGAGAGCUCGAAAAAUUCACUCUCUUUCGCGCUCUCCUUCUCGCUGCUCUUGGUGCAGGGUGUAGUGUCUUUCGGGGGUUUUCAUCGACCGUGACCGCAAGCGAGGGCCCUACAUUCAUCCAAAAAAACGGUCCUGCGGGGCCAAUGGACGAGAGCGCUCGAGUACGCUGGGGUGGCAGGCUGACUGGGGCCACAGAAAGGGGGUGAGCGUGUGUUGUGCUCCGAGGAGGGCUUGAAAAACAUAAACAUGAGCGAACGAACAAAACGAGCGUAGUUAGUAGCAUAUGUGUAUAUGCUGCGGGCCACCACAACACAGGGUCGAUCGGGCGCGCAAGGCCUUUCCUUGUUUCUUGCUGCUCGUGAGAGGCCUGUUCGCGAGAGAGCGUGCUAGUGCUGCCGCGUGUUGCGGUUCCUGCCUGGCGCAGUCGAACCGGCCGCCGUAGUGCAACGUGAGCUGCGAGCAAGUGAACACACAACAAACUCGUCGACCACCCAAACGACACACACACCGUUGCCGGCACAACGCACACGUGCUGCCGCUGAGUUUGCCAACUCGAUCGAAAAAAAAAACGGUGCUUGAGCGUGUGUGUGACCGUGUUUAAUUUCCACGCCAUAGUGCAGGUUUUUCCUCUAGCGAAAGUGGCCAAAAAGCCAACCCAAGCCAAGUGUCUGAGGCGUGCGGUGUAGCCUUUGCCAAUAAUUACGCAAAGAAGUGCCACGUGCGUCAUCCUUUGCGGUGCGUGCCUGUGAGCGUGCCUGUGUGUGUCUAUGUCCUGUGCGGAGGUUUUCCCCGACGUGAAAAAGAGUAGCCCUUAGGAAGGAAAUUGCUUUGCUCCUCCGAGCUACUUUGUCACCGAUCGGAUCGGAAAAGCGGGUACAAUCGAAAGGAAGGUCCGUUGGAGAGAAAAAAAAGAUAGGCCGUUUUCUGUGUGUGUUCAGUGUUCAGUGUUGCUCGAUGUGAAUUGUCCAAUCGUAUUUGAAAGUUUUGCGCCCGAUGCGACAGCCAGCUGUUUGGUCAGCAGUUUUAUUUGCCGCGGAUUGCGAAUUUGAUAAAGCGUCGUGUGGCGCGCCGUGUGUUACGUUGGUGCCGUUUGUAUGCAAACGGGCGGUUUCGUGCGAUCGACUGCGACGUGUCAUUCGCGUGUGGAUUUGUGCGGAAAGGUUGUCCGUGGUGUGAGGUGUUUUUGUGUGGCGCUCAACCCCAGUGAGAAGCGCAUCGCAUUGUGGUGCAAAAUAGAGGAUAGCAAGCGAAGUGUUUGCCCAGCUUCCGAUGAAAAGUCAUACGCAACCAAGUGAAAAGACACAAAAAGAUAUAAAACUUUAUCAGUCUAUUCUUGAAGCAAUCUUCGCCGAACGAUAGAAGCAAGCUCGUUCACGCAUUACAAGAAAAAAAGGAAAUAAAUCGGUGCCUUACGAGACGAGUGUGUACCAUAUGCCGACGCAUAUUCUUGCAUAAAGCUGUGAUAAACGACCAAAAAAACCGACAAGCAUCGAGAUCGAAAAAACGGAAACGAUCCUAUAAAAUUGAAUCUUUCGCUCACUCAAAGGCGGAGAAAGUUUUAAUAAGCACCAACCGACCAACUCAACAAAAGAAGAAAGAAA